AAGAAGAACCUAGUGCAACUACACAACAUCAAUCACCUAAAGACAAACUGUUCAUAGAAGUAAAAGUUGCUGAAAAAAAAAUAAAUAUAAUAAUCGAUACAGGCGCAGUAAGAAACGCUGUAUCAAAAGGCUUCUUAGAUGAAAUUGGAUUGGAAAUUGAUGGAUCACCAGAUAAAACCCUAAUUGGAAAAAAUGGAAAAAUUACAACACCAUUAGGAGUCAUCCAUCAACUUCCAAUCAAUCAAAAUAAAUACAACAAUUUGAAAAAUUGA